AUGAAUAAUCAAUAUUGUUCUGCGCAUAAGAUAACACCUUAUAAUCUAGUAUUUGGACAAUUACCUCAUAGUGAAACCAAUAUAGCAGAUAUUUUAAUAAAUGAUAAUUAUUAUCAAGAAGAAUUAUUCAAUACUUCGGCAUCUAAUACUUCAGCAUCCAAUACUUCAGUAUCUAAUACUUUAGCAUCUAAUACUUCAGCAUUUGAUACUUCAGCAUCUAAUACUUUAGCAUCUAAUACUUCAGCAUUUAAUACUUUAGCUAUUUUAGAAACCAAUAAUAUUAAUGAGUUAUAUGAUGAUUUAUCUGAUAUUUUAGAUAUUUAUUAUAAAGAUUUUGAAUCUAGGCUUAGUUUAGAAGGCUCUGAAGAUUAUUAUUUAGAAAAUUUUGAAUUUAGACAUAAUUUAGAAGGUUCUAUUAUAUCUAACAAUUAUUAUUUAGAAGAUUCUACUAUAUCAGAUAAUUAUUAUUCUAAGAAUUUAAAAACUUAUAAAGCUCAAUCUAAAAUUAUUGAAGUAGAUAAUGAUUUGAUAGAAUCAAAUAAUAAUAUAGUGAAUUUACAAGAGAUUAUCAUAAUUAGUGAUUCAGAAAGUCAGUCUUAUACAACUCAAGAAAAACAAAAAUGGCAAGAAUCUAAUGUAGAACUACAAAAAACAACAUCAAAUUCAACUCAUCCUAUAUUUGAACAACACAAUAAAAUUCAAGAUCAAAUAAUUCAAUGUGACCUGAUUGACUCUUUAGCUCAUGACAAGAUCAAUGUU